AUGACAUCCCCAAGAGGUAAAAUAUAUAUGGCCCCACCUGAUCUCCUUGACCCAAAGUCUGCCGCUCACAACUCCAAGCCCCGCCUCUCCUUCUCGGCUGCCAAGCCGGUGGUCCUGAACUCCCCCGAGGACGAGUACGACACCAUGCGCUUCACCGUCAUGAGGUGGAAGACGGUAUCAGUCAUCUUCUUCCUGGUGGUGCUCUACCUUAUUGUGGGAGCCCUGGUGUUCCGGGCGCUGGAGCAACCCCACGAGAGCCAACAGAAGCUGGCCAUCCUGGCCGAGAAACUGGACUUCCUGUCGCUGCACGCCUGUGUCAACUCCUCCGAACUGGAGGACCUCGUCAAGCAAGUGAUCUCUGCCAUCAGAGCGGGCGUCAACCCAUCAGCGAACUCAUCCAAUCAGACAAGUCUGUGGGACCUAAGCUCCUCCUUUUUCUUCGCUGGCACUGUCAUCACCACUAUUGGCUUUGGGAACAUCGCUCCCCACACGGAGGGGGGACGUAUCUUCUGUAUCAUCUAUGCCCUCCUGGGAAUCCCCCUCUUUGGCUUCCUGUUGGCUGGUGUUGGAGACCAGCUUGGAACCAUCUUUGGGAAAGGCAUCAACAGAGUGGAGAAGAUAGUUGGGGUGAGUUUUAAAUGUUUCAUAUCUUGGAAAGUGAGCCAGACCAAGAUCAGGGUGAUCUCCACCGUGAUCUUCAUCCUGUUUGGCUGUGUCCUCUUCGUGGCGUUGCCGGCGGUCAUCUUUAAACACAUAGAGGGCUGGAGCACGCUGGAGUCCAUCUACUUUGUGGUCAUCACCCUCACCACCAUCGGCUUCGGCGACUUUGUGGCCGGUGGUUCUGAAAUAGAGUAUCUGGACUACUACAAGCCUGUGGUGUGGUUCUGGAUCCUGAUUGGUCUAGCCUACUUUGCUGCCGUGCUCAGUAUGAUAGGAGACUGGUUCAGAGUAAUCUCCAAGAAAACCAAGGAGGAGGUAGGGGAGUUCCGGAUCCACGCAGCAGAGUGGACGGCAAACGUGUCGGCUGAGUUCAAGGAGACGCGGCGUCGCCUGAGCGUAGACAUCUCGAACAAGUUUGAGCGUGCCGCCUCCAUUAAGCGUCGACUGUCCUCAGAGCUGGGCCUCAACCCAAUCACCCAGGAGAUGACCCCGGGCAGGAGGACGCUGUCCGUGAACCUGGGGCCAGGGGAUGAGAGGGAGGCCUACCCCAACCUGGCUCUCUCCCUCACUCCUGUCCCUGGAGCCCUGGCCCGCAAUGGCAGUGGACUCUACCUGAACGGACUCAGUCCGGACUACGCUGAGGUAGCCAUCAUAGAGAGCCUCUAG